AUGCUAUCGUCCAAAGUCGAACCCAACUCUUCUAUCAGCCCUGGUUCAGUCGGAUCAUCAAGAAAACGAAGUCGCCUAGAUGAACUCAUUGAUGUUCUUGGAGUCAGCGUGCAUUCCACCAAAUCAUCAGUCCAUUUGACUCCUCAUCUAGGCAACAGAGUUGAGGCAGAGCACCUAACUGUUAGGUCAGGCAGCAGCUCUGGAACUGGAACUGGAACUAGAGCAUCCGAGAAACUGAAGUCUUCCAACAACUCAACAACACGACAAUUACGAUUCCAGCCGCUGAGACGACCUCAACCGUUUAACGCUAUGUCCGAGCCGUUGGCCACCUCGAUGACGGCAGCAGUACCUCUGGCCAUCGGCGGGUGUCGUCAAUGUAGGCGAACGUUUGCCACUCGUCUCGAGUUCAUCCAUCAUAUGGUGGAUCAUUUUCCGGCCCUUUUCUACAAUUUCAAUCGGAAUGAGCUGAUAAAAUCCGUGCCCAUGUCGCUUUCCACAGCAAUUCUUCCGCUGGCUCCAUUGUCUCCGAAAACAACAGCGAGUAUUGGCAUUAGUCGAUGUCAAUUCAGUGAUGAAACGGCAAAAAGUCGAUCAGAGGAGGCUACCUCAAUGCCUUCAAAGGACGAUGAUCUACCGUAUCAUAUGUGCCCUCAUUGCUUCUCGACAUACGCUGAUACGGUCACCUAUGAGGCUCACUUAAGUCAGCACGAACAACAACAACCUCAGGUGGUAUUUUGCUCGAGUGCAUGUCACGGCAGAUCACAGUCUCACCUGUCAGCAUCUUCUAAAUCAACUCAUAAUUCGACACCAAACAAACCAAAGAGACUCAUGAAAAUGGAGGCAGUAGAUGAUUAUCAUCACCAUCACCAUAAUAAUAAUCAUCGAAUAGAAACAACGGAAUUAUCAGUGAGCAUUGAUAACAAUUCUCCAGUGCAACUUGGACAUUCGGCUGAGCGCAACGACUUCUGCGGAGAAUGUGCGAAGGUUUACAAGGGAGUGUCUGCACCUGGCGUCAGCAUCCGUAGCUGUAGACCAGUAAUAGCACAUAGAAUGCUUGGCUACGAAUGCACCGAGUGUAGUGACAGAGCGAAGUCCACCGUUAAUCAGCACGUUGAAAUUGAAGAAUCCACAAAACACAGCAAGUUGAAACGAGCACAAGGAUCCAGCAACGGUGAUAAUUCUGGUGGUGAUGAGCAGAAGCCGAGGAUCUCCUCAUUCAGAUGCAAUACCUACAUCGCAAGUCUACUCAACAAGUACUCCAAUAAUCGUCGAAAUCACACGAUAGCGUUGAAGCAUAAAAGCAGAUUGCCUUCUACGUCGAAGAAGCGUACCAGAUCUGGGGUUGAUCCCAGCCGGUCCACCGGUAUUCCGUCUGCUACUUUCCAACUGACAACCCUUCUGAAGCAAAUCCUGAAAAUAAUUCCUAAUGAUCAUGGAAAAUGGCUUAAGCUCAAGAUGACUUACGGUCAUGGAAACCACUUAAGUUCCAGAUCGGCUGAUAAACCGAGAUUAACCAGCUUUGAGAGAGAUUUGUAUCGUUUCCUUCGUAAGGAUUCAUCGNCCAGAUCGGCUGAUAAACCGAGAUUAACCAGCUUUGAGAGAGAUUUGUAUCGUUUCCUUCGUAAGGAUUCAUCGAUUUUGAUUCCUGGCUUUGUAAUCCCUUAUUUCAUCGAUAACGAAUGA